AUGAAAUCCACGAAAGCUACACAGCAGCAGAAGAAACAAUGGACCAUCAGGCUCAGCAACAACAACAGUGGACGAUGAGUGCACAGCCUCAACCCCAUCAACCAUCAACAUGGAGUGCUUCUUCUCAAACCUAUCACCAACCCACCUCCGUCGAAGAAAUCAGAACCCUCUGGAUUGGAGAUUUACAGCUUUGGAUCGAUGAGAGCUACCUCCACAACUGCUUCACUCACACUGGAGAGGUCCUUUCCAUAAAAAUCAUACGUAACAAGAUCACUGGCCAACCUGAAGGAUAUGGGUUUGUAGAGUUUGUUACCCAUGCUGCAGCUGAACGGAUUCUGCAAACAUUCAAUGGGACACAAAUGCCUGGGACAGAACAAACUUUUAGAUUGAAUUGGGCUUCUUUUGGCAUUGGAGAAAGGCGCACUGAUGCUGGACCUGAGCAUUCCAUUUUUGUGGGGGAUUUAGCACCGGAUGUCACAGAUUAUUUGUUGCAAGAGACCUUUCGUGUUCAAUAUCCGUCAGUAAGAGGUGCUAAGGUUGUUACUGAUCCGAAUACUGGCCGUUCAAAGGGCUAUGGAUUUGUUAAGUUCUCUGAUGAGACAGAAAGAAACCGUGCUAUGACUGAAAUGAGUGGGGUAUAUUGUUCAACCAGGCCAAUGCGCAUCAGUGCAGCUACACCCAAAAAGACUAGUGGUUUUCAGCAGCAAUAUCCAGCAGCUAAAGCCGUAUACCCAACAACAGUCUACACUGCACCAGCUCAGCAGGCAUUCCCACCAGCAGACAGUGACAUAAAUAACACUACCAUAUUUGUUGGUGGUUUGGAUCCCAAUGUCAUGGAGGAGGAGUUGAGGCAAAUAUUUGCUCAGUUUGGGGAGCUUGUGUAUGUUAAGAUUCCAUUGGGUAAAGGAUGUGGUUUUGUCCAAUUCGGUACUCGGGCAUCUGCUGAAGAAGCAAUACAAAGGUUACAUGGAACUAUGAUUGGUCAACAAAUAGUUCGCCUUUCAUGGGGUAGAAGCCCAACAACUAAACAGGACCAACCUGGUGUCUGGGGUCAGCAAAUGGACCCCAGUCAAUGGAGCAGCGCUUAUUAUGGGUACGGACAAGGUUAUGAUGCCUAUGCUUAUGGUGCCGCUCAAGAUCCAUCUUUAUAUGCCUAUGGUGCAUAUGCUGGAUAUGGACAGUACCCACAACAGGCUGAUGGUGUUCAAGAAGUGGCAGCUAUGGCAGGUGCUGCCCCUGCUGUGGAGCAGAGGGAGGAGCUCUAUGACCCUUUGGCUACACCUGACGUUGAUAAGUUAAAUGCAUCUUACCUUGCAAUUCAUGGAAGAGCCAUGGUGGGCCGGCCUUUAUGGUUGAGAACUUCAGAACUUCCACAGCAAGUUUAACUUCUUGAUGUGGUACCCUACUUAAAAGUUCUUUAUUCCAUUUGGUGUUCACUGACGUUUGAAGAGCAAUUCUGGUGUUCCAGAAGUAGGUCGUAGAUUUAUGACAAGGCUGAUCCAAUUGUGGAGGGGAGCACGUGUUCCAGUUCCGUAUAUCACAUGAGCUGCAAUGAAGCUUUGGAAUCUAAUUUUGCCUUGUAAGGUCAGAACAUUUGGGAAGGGUAGAGUGACUGAUUCAUUGGGAGCUAAUUCUUCUAUCUGAAAUAUAUGUUUUCUUGAUUGACAAUUACUAGCAUUCAACACAAUGUAUCCUAUCUCAAACAUUUGCAUACCCAUAGUGAAGAAAGAUUGCUUUUUGCCCCCAUUUUAUGUUGCCUUUUCAAAUUGAAGUGUGUA